AUGGAUUAUGGUUCAGGACAAACAAAAGAUUUCUCUUAUUCUUUUUGUCAAACAAAAGAUCUUGACUUAUUCUUAUCAGUCAGAAUAUCAACUCUUGAAGGUUUUCGCGAAAAGAAAACUUUUACUGAGCUACUCGAAAAUGCCUCAUUAAAGUACACUGGCUUACAAACAGGCGAUUUUCCAGAUAUUUAUGUGACAUGUCAAUUAUUUGGCGGUAAUAAACCACUUACAAUACCCGUUCGAACUUCUUAUAAAUCAUUUCAGAAUCAUUGGUUAUGGAAUGAAUGGCUUACAAUUCCUAUCAAGUAUCGUGAUUUGCCUAUUACAGCUCAAUUGGCCUUUACUGUCUGGGAUACUUAUGGUCCACGUAAAGCAGUUCCAAUCGGAGGUACUACAUUUCGACUGUUUGGAAAACACAACACUUUACGAAAAGGUAAACAAAAAUUAUAUCUUUGGCCAAGUGUAGAAGCAGAUGGCGAUGAUAACACUCAAACUCCUAGUAAAACAGGCGAUAAAAACGAAAUGGAUAGAUUGGAAAAGUUGGUAAAACGUUAUGAAAGGAAUGAUAUGUCCAAAUUGGAGUGGCUUGAUAAUCUAGCAUUUCGUCAAAUAGAAAAAGUGAAUAAGCUGGAGUCUUCAAAAUCAAAAAAGCUGUAUCUGUAUAUAGAUUUGCCAAAAUUUGAUUUUCCUAUUGUUUUCAGUGAACCAGAAUAUUUAUUGCCAGUAAAUCCUAUUUCACCUAGUAAUGCCGGAUCAGUUCAAUCUAAUUCACUUGCAUCAAGUGGUUCUAGUAUGAUAUUGAUAAGAGACUCUGAAAUUUUAUGGGAUAAUCCUGUAGAGGCUAAGCAUAGACGUCUGGCUAGAGAUCAUCGUAAUGGACCAUUGGAUCAUGAUUUGAAACCAAAUGCAAAGAUUCGUGAUGAAUUAAAUGAAAUAUUAAAGUAUCCACCAACUCAAACUUUGACUCCAAAAGAAAAGGAUUUACUAUGGAGAUUUAGGUUUUACCUUACUCGUGAUAAAAGAGCACUUACAAAAUUUUUAAAAUGUGUCGUCUGGUCAGAUCCUACAGAAUCAAAACAAGCGGUAGAUCUAUUAUCAAAAUGGGCUGGUAUUGAUUUAGAUGAUGCAUUGGAAUUAUUAGGAGAUAAAUUCGAAAAUCGUGCUGUUCGUUCUUAUGCAGUCAAUCAAUUAAAGAAGGCGGAUGAUGAAGAGCUAUUAUUAUAUUUAUUACAAUUAGUUCAAGCUCUAAAAUUUGAAAAUAUCACUGAGAAAUCAAGCUCUUCACAUGAAUCCAGUUUAGCAGAAUUUUUAAUUGAACGUGCAAUUAAAAAUCCACUCCUUGUAAAUAAUUUUCAUUGGUAUCUUAUGGUUGAAUGUGAAUGUGAAGAUAAAGUUUUAUUUAAGAUGUAUGGAAAAGUAUCAUUCCAAUUUCAGACAAAGAUGACAGAGAUUCCAUCAGGAAUUCAACGAAGAGAUAUUUUUUACAGGCAAGGGUUAUUGAUCGAAGCCCUUUCUUCUAUAUCUAGAGAAAUAAGAACAAUGAAAGAUGGUAGACCGAAAAAAAUUGAAAGACUAAGAGAAAUAAUAUCGGAUCCAAAACAAGGAUUGUUAAAUUUUCCUCCUUUACCAUUACCACUUGAUGCACGGAUCAGUGUUACUGGAAUUAUACCAGAAAAAACCACCGUGUUUAAGAGUAAUUUGUUUCCGCUACGUUUAACUUUUUCAUUAUCAGGCGGUGGCGAGUAUCCAGCAAUUUUUAAAACUGGUGAUGAUCUUCGUCAAGAUCAACUUGUUAUACAGAUUAUUACACUAAUGGAUAAACUUUUAAGAAAAGAAAAUUUGGAUCUUAAAUUAACUCCUUAUAAAGUACUUGCAACAGGAACCGACCAUGGUUUAGUACAAUUUAUACCAUCAUCAUCAUUAGCAGAUGUUCUGAAUGAUUAUAAUGGAAGUUUGUUAAUGUUUUUGAAAGCUCAUCAUCCAGAAGAAAAGGCAGUAGGAGCCUAUGGCGUUAAUCCUGUUGUAAUGGAUACUUAUGUAAAGAGUUGUGCCGGAUAUUGUGUUGUAACAUAUUUAUUGGGAGUUGGAGAUCGGCAUUUGGAUAAUUUACUACUUUCACCUGAUGGUAAUCUUUUCCAUGUUGAUUUUGGAUUUAUACUGGGACGUGACCCAAAACCAUUUCCGCCACCGAUGAAACUUUGCAAGGAAAUGGUAGAAGCUAUGGGUGGAGCCAAUUCCAUUCACUAUCUAAGAUUUAGAAGUUAUUGUUAUAGUGCAUUUAACAUUUUACGCAAAAACGCGAAUUUGAUACUCAACUUGUUUGCGUUGAUGGUAAAUGCAAACGUGCCUGAUAUUAAAAUUGAACCUGACAAAGCGGUUUGGAAGGUUCAAGAAAAAUUUAGAUUGGAUUUGACAGAAGAAGAGGCUAUAAAAUAUUUCCAAAAUUUAAUAAAUGAUUCAGUUAGUGCGUUGUUUCCACAAGUAAUUGAAACCAUUCAUAAAUGGUCACAAUAUUGGAGAAAAUAA